AUGGCGACUCGAUAUUUCUCUAUGGAGGAAUCACAGAAACGACAUGUAAUACUGACCGAGCUGUAUAAUACAAGCCGAGAUUUAUAUCAAGCUCUGAUGGGGAGUAUUUUUGAAGGGAAGAGCAAGUCUGGCUCAUUGUACCGCCAAUUUCAAAAUGGGUAUACACGUUACAUCAUCUGGGCUCAUGAUUACGGUGCUCAGGACGGGGAGCUGGAUAACCAGCUCAGAAGCGCUCGACGACUUCGCAAUUUGACCAUUAAGGUACUAAUUAGAAUAGGCUCUAUACUUGUACAUGUAUAUGGGAUGCAUGAACCCAUAAAAGCUGAUAGCAAAUUAUGGGACCUGUGCAUCAACGUUUUAGCAGCAAUGCAGAGGGCUUUAUACGAAUUCCUUCUGGAUUUCGAUCGUUCAGACGGCGAAAGUGAUACAAGUGACGACGAAGACCUAAUCGUUGACGGCGAAGGUUUUGAUGACCACGACGAGCUGUUGCAGCAUGCUACGGAAGAGUUGUUGACGGAGAUUGGAUAUCUAUCAGAUAUGGGACCAAUGUUCGAAGAGCCCAUACCCGACCAUGCUACUGAAGAGCAACCAUCCAUCAGUAUAUAUGGCACAGGAGAUCCCAUGGAAUACUUUGUCUAUAAAGUUAUGGAGAGAUUCCCGAAGUGCGGCUAUGAAUUAGCCAACACGUUAGGUAAAGCUAACUGGAAUUCAACAAUGAGCUCAGUAGCAAAGCGACAGACUGUCUUGGAUAAUCCAGACAGUGAAGCGACGGAUUUGGCUAUUCGGACUAGUCUGGCCACUAGGUCGCACGGAGAUUCACAUUUACCUAUAGGUUCUGAUAAGGCUACUCUUUUAUCCUACCUUGACAAUGUGACCAAUAGAGCAAUGAUACCACCAUUAACAAGGGGAAUAGGAGCUAGCCAGUUGUUUCGCUGCAUCACAUGUGGAAAGAACUUGGAGAAACAAGGUGUUAAAUCCUGGAAGAGACAUCUUUUGGCUGAUCUUCAGCCUUGGGUUUGUUUCCAGGCUUCAUGCUCAUGUAACUCUACAUUUGCGAACCGGGAAGAAUGGGUGGAACAUCUCUAUCGACAACAACAAGACCAUCCAGAAUGGGACGAUAAGACAUGCCCCUUAUGUCAAGCUAUCAUUGCUGAUGGUGGCCGUGCGGCACUUUCGCAUAUGGCGCGACAUCUAGAAGAAGUAUCACUGGCGUUAUAUGUACUCCAUCACUUUGAGAGUAGUUAUGAUGACGACGAUGGAAGUGCCGAAAUCUUUGAACUUCCAAGGAUUGAGUUUAAAUGGAAUUGA